AGUGAAGAGUGGCUACGUAUUGGAUUUCGCCAGCGAAGUCAAACUGCUGCGCGUACUACAGCGUGUCAAAGCUGAAAUCCCCAUGACCUUAUCCAUCACGUACUGCGGCGCUCGUGCUGUCCCAAAAGGAAGUACGCCGGAUGCCGUCACCGAGGACAUUGUCAAUCAUGAUCUGCCCGAGUUGCGACGCAUGGUCAACCAGGGCGAACUGUCCAUUGACAAUGUGGAUAUUUUCUGUGAGAAAAACGUCUUCUCGGUGGAACUUACGCGGCGUAUUCUGGAGAAGGCGCGCUCCUUGGAUUUUCACGGAAAUUUUCAUGCGGAAGAGCUCUCGUAUUUGGGCGGCACCGAGAUAGGCGUGGCAGUGGGUGCGCGGGCCAUUUCCCACCUGGAGCACAUCAGCGAGGCCGCCAUGCAGCGCAUGACCGACGCCAACUGCGUGGCCGUUCUGCUGCCCACCACCGCCUUCCUCAUGCGUCUGGUGCCGCCGCCCGUUCGCGCCAUGAUCGACGCCGGCGUCCCCGUUGCACUGGGCACGGAUUUCAAUCCCAACGCCUACUGCACAUCCUUGCCGCUUGUGAUGCAUCUGGCGGCCGUGACCUUUCACAUGUCCCUCUCGGCAGUGCUCGUUGCAUCAACGCUGAAUGCGGCCGCUUCGCUGGGACUGUCGCACUCGCACGGAUCCCUGGAGACCGGGAAGUGUGCCGAUUUAAUGCUGAUCCGGGCGCCACGAUGGGAGCAUCUGGUGUAUCAGUUGGGCAAUGCCAGCCUGAAUCAGUUGGGCAAUGCCAGCCUGAUUCGCGCUGUUAUCAAAAAUGGCAGUAUUGUGUAUGGACGUUAA